CGAGGGGCUGCGUGCGCCCGGUCAGCGUCUUCACCAGCGACUCCUUGAUCUCCUCCCCGUCCACAAAGAACAGUGGCUCGCGAUGAAUCCUCGGCAAGCCCAGUGCAUCCCCGAGGGCAUCCUCGACGACCUUGCGUCCCGCUUCAUCAUCAACAUCCCCGAGGAAGAGCGGCGGGACCCGAUCCGACUGUGCUUCCAGAUCGAGCUGGCCUUCUGGUUCUACUUGGACUUCCACUGCCCCGAGGAUCCGGCGCUGCGGCCGUGCACCAUGCGGGAGUUCACGCAGAUGGUCUUCCAGCACGUACCUUCGCUCCGGGACCACCUGCCCAACACAGACUCGAUCAUCGAGCGCUGGAAGGAGUACAAGAUGGCCGUGCCCACGUACGGGGCCAUCGUCCUCGAUGAGACGCUCGAGUACGUCUUGCUUGUGCAGGCGUACUGGGCCCGGGCCAGCUGGGGUUUCCCCAAGGGCAAGGUGAACGAAGGCGAGGAGCCCCAGGCCUGCGCGGUGCGGGAAGUGCUCGAGGAGACCGGCUUCGACAUCUCACCGUUCCUGAACCCGGUGGAGUACAUAGAGCGGCAGGUGUUUGACACCCAAGUGCGGCUGUACCUGGUGGUGGGCGUGCCCCGGGACACGGCCUUCAGCCCCCGUACCCGCAAGGAGAUCAAGAGCGUGGACUGGUUCUCCAUCGCUGACCUGCCGUCCCACAAGCGGGACCAGGCGCCCCGGGCCACGCUGGGCCUCAACGCCAACGCUUUCUUCAUGGUCAUGCCCUUCGUCAAGCCGCUGCGCAAGUGGAUCUUCAACAGCCGCCAGCGCCGGUCACAGCGGCAGACGGCCGGUGUGCCGCACUGCAUCACCGACGCGGAGAAGCUGAAGCAGAAGCAGCAGGAGUACUUUGCCAGCUUGUACCGGAGUGAGCUCCUGGACGCGCUCCGGCUCAAAGGGGACGGCGACGCGCAGCAGGCACCAGCGGCAGCGGAUUUGCCGAGACCUGAGGGCCUGCCCGGAAACGUGGUGCCUGCGUUCAGCGCCCCGUCGUGGACAAACUUUACGCUCGACAAGAAGGCGCUCAUGGCCUGUCUGUGCCCCAAAGUGCCGCAGUGUUGAGCGCGCAAUCGACGGUCGCGGUGCUUGGCUCCUCCCGGUCAUGCAAUGGAAGACGAACGUGUGACCGGCCCUUGGGAGACAAGAGAAACUGCCUCUUUCAUUCCUGUUGCGUUUGUUGCUCGUUGGAGGCUGUCUUCCCCACGUGUUUCGUUUGCACAUCGUGUCAGUGUUGCGCUUUGUAUACAUAUUUUUGUUGGAUUACCAUCGGCGGUCCUUCAUUUUUUAACUUGGAAGGUCACGGUUGAGUUGGUUUGAUUUUAACUUCACUGUUGAUAUCUGAAUCCAACAGUGGCUGAGCUCGGUGAAUGUGGCUGCGUCGAAGAGUGGCGCAUGACUGCAAUGUUUUGGUCUGGCUCAUUUACAUUCCCACGUUUUCGACGAGGAGGUUUUGUGGAAGUGGACAACACUGUUGCUUUGACUGAAUUGAAUGAUGCUUUCACGUAAGGCAUUGUCACUGCUCAUUACCAAAUUACUGUAAAAUACUGAAAAAGAGCUCACCCCAAAUUUGGAGGAUGGGUGCCUGUUAAAGACAGACCUGCAAAAUAUUUUUCAACCGGUGCGAGCAUCCUCCUCGCCACUCUUCCCAUUUUCCCCACUCUUGACUCGAUGAAGGAGGGAGGGACUCUUUUGCUUGCUGCAUCUUGGGGCCAAAUGUGCCGGGAUAAGCUCCCGGCCUAUCCAGCCUUGAUAUGCAGCAACAAAAGGUGUCUCUUUGCACUCAAGGUAGCGGUGGGAGAGGAGAAAAUGAGGUGGUGAGGAGGAUUUUCAUCCUGGUUGAAAAAUAUUUAGGGGCGGGUCUUUAAAGGGAGCUGUGCAACAAUUUCAGGGCCUUGCUUAAAUUAUUGUGGAAGUUGAUGCCUGGGCGGGUCUUUAAAGGAGCUGUGCAACAAUUUCAUGGCUUUGCUUAAAUUAUUGUGGAAGUUGAUGCCCGACACUUCCGAAGUGAACUACAAAAAACAGAUUUUGCCUUGAUACCCUAGUUUUUAUUUUAAAAAAUGAAAAAGAUCCAGGUUUUUGCCGCCUCUCAACUCGUACGUCGUCUUCCGGGUCACUUAUGCAGUGACAUUGAGGGGGUAGGCGCGGGGUUCCGGAAAAGUUCUCUCUUUAGUGCUAUCAGUAAGCAGCGAGAACUCCUCCGCUCGCGACGACGUGCUGGCGGGCGCGGCGCGAACGAUGUGGUUAAAGGAGGAAAGUCUUAUCUGGGUCCGGCCAUACCCGUCCGGCUCUCUC